AGCGCGCGUGUGAUGUGUUUGUGUAUCCUCAGUGUUUUUCUCUCUUGCGUGUUUCAUUUAGUUUAAACAGAGUCUUGUCUCUGUGUAUUUUAGUGUUGAGACGUUGAUGUUGAGAUGUGCUGUAAAUCAGUAGGAACUAAUCUGUCCGUGCUGGAUAUAUUGAUGAUUUCAUCACAGAAAUCUCUCAGCUGAAGAAAGAGGUGGCGUUACUGGAGACAAAGCUGAGGUCAAGAGGAGAUUUAGCAAUUAAUCGAGAGGAUGUGGAUUGUUGUGAAUCUUCAGUGUAUGUGACUGAUGAUGGGAGUCUGGAUUCAGUGUGGAUGAGCAGAGAUCAGAGCCGCACACCACAGACACUGCUGGACUCUAAACUCUCUGAAGAGAAAUCCAGACACACACAAGACUCCGAUCUCAGUCUGACUUUACUCUGUUAUACUGAGUCAAAGCUCACAGACACUCAGGACACUACAGUGUGUGACAGUAAACAGAGCUUACAGGAGGAUCAAACCUCCACAGAGUCUCUGGAUUCUGUCUGUAACGCUGGAGAACAGCAGCAGAUCCUGCAGACCAAACUGAAGAUGUGUUCAGUUAAACUCAUCGACUGCACGAACCUCAUGAUGAAGAUUGAAACUGAACCCACAGAAAUCAAAACUGAGCACACAGAAAUCAAAUCUGAACCCACAGAAAUCAAAUCUGAACCCACAGAAAUCAAAUCUGAACCCACAGAAAUCAAAUCUGAACCCACAGAAGAGGAAGAUCGCACUGAUGAAGAUGAUGAUUUUAUUCCAUCACAUGUGAAGAGUGAUUCAUGUUUGGAUAUAGAAAUAACGUCCUCAACAUCAAAAGAGCGACUGACAGCACAAACUCUUUCCUGCAUCACCUGUGGAAAGACAUUCAGCUCACAGAGACUUUUAGAGAGACAUGAGAGAAAACACACAGAACAGAAACUCUUCACCAGAUCUGAGAUCAGCUUUACUACCUUACAAGAGAAGAAACUUCAUUCAGAAGAUCACCGAGAGAAGAAGAAGAAGAAGAAGAAGAAGAAGAAGAAGAAGAAGAAGAAGAAGUUGUUUCACUGUGAGCAGUGUGGGAAGAUUUGUGCCUCUUCCUCUAAUCUAAAUGUUCACAUGAGGACACACACUGGUGAAAAGCCUUUCAACUGCAAUGAAUGUGGAAAAUACUUCACAACCAAAGAAAAUCUUAAAGUUCAUCAGAGAGUUCACACUGGAGAAAAACCUUAUGAGUGUCCUCACUGUGAGAAGAGAUUUAGCUGUAAAUAUAAUCUGAAGACACAUGUGUUUUUACACACCAAUGAGAGACCGUAUCAGUGCAGUGAAUGUGACAAAACCUUUAGGGAUUCAGGUUCAUUAAAAUCACACCAGAAUACUCAUAAAGAGAAACUCUAUCGGUGUUCACACUGUGAUAAACGUUUCUGUUAUAAAUAUCAGCUGAUAAUCCAUCAGAGAGUUCACACUGGAGAGAAACCUUACGUAUGCGCUCACUGUGGAAAGAGCUUCACUAAUUCAACUCAUUUCAAAGUUCAUGAGAGAGUUCAUACUGGAGAGAAACCUUAUCACUGUAGUGUCUGUGGGAAGAGUUUUAGUCUAAAGCAGAAUUUACUAAAUCAUAAGAGAAUUCAUACAGGUGAAAAACCUUUCAAAUGCUCUCAGUGUGACAAGACUUUUGGUUAUUCAAGUAAUUUAAAAUACCAUCAGAGAGUUCAUACUGGAGAGAAACCUCAUCACUGUAGUGUCUGUGGGAAGAGUUUUAGGGUAAAUGCUACCUUAAUAAGGCACCAGAGACUUCACACAGGUGAAAAACCUUUCAAAUGCUCUCAGUGUGACAAGACGUUUGCUCAGUCAGGUUCCUUACAAGCCCAUCAGAGAGUUCAUACUGGAGAGAAACCUUAAAGCCGAAGGUUUACUAGGGAGGUCUGCAUGAUGUCAUUUUCUCAACAGCGCAUGCUUGAGAAAAUAUUGAGACAGGACACCCCACUACAAACAAUUGCACAAAGGCAAUAGACAGCAUUUGCGCACACACACUAUUGUUUUUUCUUCAGAAAACAGAAAGCUGUGGAGCAUUUUCGUCACUCUAAUGUUUGAUUCCUGGUGUUUGUUUUCUUCAUGUUUCUUCUAAAGUUUGUUUGCCAUGGUGGAUCGUCUACUUUUCUUCACCUAUCCUGCCUUUUUUAUGCUGUUUUCUGUUGCAUAGUACCUCACGGUUUGGUGUGGGUUGGGUCAGCUUACUUUUGGGAGCUUUUCCACUGGGUGAAGUACGUAGUACACAAUACUUUUUAGAUCACUGAUUGGUCUGAGAGAAUCGUAACUAUCAGCAUCAUUGCUAUAAUGUAAGAGAUUAGCUUUACCUUAGUGCUUGCGCUGUCUCAUGUGCCAUCUGUGCUAUGCUAUAAGUUCUCAAACUCCCUUUAGCAAUGAAAAACAUCUACAGGUUGAGAUUCAAGAACACCAUAACAGUGUUUUUCCAGACUUGCAGUUUAUGGCGGCACAUUCACGACGCGCACGUAUGCUUAAAUGCAAUUUAUGAGGCUUAGCGGAGCGUGUUAACUGACGCCACAGGUGUUUGUACAGAAACUGUCAUGUGAGACAGAGGUAGUGAUAAACGCGAUGUGCAAACAUCUUUUUUGGUGGUCAAUUUUAAUUUUGUGGCAGACUGAGAAAUAAAUGAAUGUAUGGGAAUGUACAACAAUGCUCUCACUUGUAUGAUGUCACAGCAGUAGGCAGCGCAAAUAUAACGACACGGCUAUAAUCCCUCCCCCUCUGAAGUAAUACUUACUCGAUGGAAAAGCUAACCAAGCCAAAGUGAAGUAAGCUGACCCGACCUGACUCGCAAAUCAGUGCGGCUCUGAUGGCCUGGUAGAGUAAUUAUUUGAAUGAGAAAUCAUUUGUAUUCUAUGCCGAACACAUUUAGCUGUGGGGAGUAUGCUUUGAAAACUGUCCGCGAGCCGGACACGGAAGAAUAAAGUAUACCCGACCCUUAAGGCUGCUCUCUGUGAAAUAAGCUUCUCUAAUCCAUUUCAAUUCAAAGAUCAUCAGAGAGUUCACACUGGAGAGAAACCAUAACACAGUAGUGUCUGUUGGAAGAGUUAAUCAACAGUCAAACUUCUCCAUUUUAGAGUCUGACAGCAGCAGCCUCCAAAUCAGCCUCGCCCUCGGUCCCCUCUAUCUUAUUUGGGGUGUGCCCACUUUUCUUGCAUUUUUCAAAUAUUGCCUGUGGGUGGAGUCAGGCUCUGACCUGGGACCGGUUGCACCAGCCAGAUGUUAAAAAGUUGGGUGUAAGUCCUACUUCGGGCUUUGCUACGUCCAACAUUGUGAAAAAUAUUUAUGCCUGUUGCACCAUCUGAAACUACGACCAGACGCAGCUACGCUCAGCCUAAAUGAUGUGUGCCACCACGUAUGCGUUUAACUGCAGUGAUAUUUAGGUCCCAGGGCUCCAGACUAACUUUUUCACUAGGAGCACAGUGGCCCCCAACUGAAAAUUUUAGGGGCGCAACCAGAAAAUUUAGGGGCACACACCGUUAAUCAACAUGCUAACCAAAUAUUCACAUUUCUACUAAUUUCCACUGUAUUACUAAUAUAUACUUUAAUGAUAGAUGCCGAAAGUACAAUGUGCUGUUUCAAAUUCAGUGUAACAUCACAAAAAAGGUCAAAUUUACUGGUCACACAUGUGCGACUGGAUGUAAAAUUCAGUGGCACACUCUCAAGUUUUGGUGGCAGUCUGGAGCCCUGAUGAUGCUGUUUGCGUUUACUCUGGCAAAACUUUACACUUAGUGCCGCCAGCUAAUAGACGACAUAUGAGAGCUUUCCCCAUGUUUACCAGUGCACUCUAGCUCAAGAUGUGUGCGUGUAGACUCAUCAAACAGAUUAUAACAGCUCUAGUUUCAAACUUUUCAAAAAUUAAAUCAAAGCUUUUAUUAAGUUCUCUACAGUGUCUUUGUAAGUAUUUAUGUAUUUUAUUAUAUAAUUUAUUGGCGGUCUCUCUACCAUGCAUGAAAGCACAUUAUAUCCUGUGCAUUAGACAUGCCAAUGUCUCGUCACAUUUCUUUAUUUCUAUUUUUGCCAUAGAAACAAAGUCAAUACUUUAUAUUUACGCCUACCCUUGACUAGACGUAAGUUAGAGUCUCAGACGUGCGCUACGGCUAGAUGGUGCAACAGGUGUAAAUUCUACGGCUAACAUAAAGCGCAUUUUAUGUCCAGAGUAGUCUUACGACUGGGUUUACGCCCAGCUGGUGCAACCGGCCCCAGGGGUUUAGUAACCCUUUAAUAGUAAAAUAAGAACAAAUACUCAAAUGAUGAGCAAUAUUGCAGAUAAAUACAAACACACAAAUAAAAUAAAACUGUGCUGCUCAUGUUUUCAGAUUAAUCUAACAGUUCUGUAUUUUGGAGGUAAAGUGCCAAGCUGGUAAAGAGUGUAUGUGUCUGGGAGCAAACAUACUGUUCAGAACUAUAUAUGAUAGUGUUAAUUCAUGUUGUUUCUUAUAUUUUAUUUACACAUUUAUCUUUUUUUUAAUUUUUUAUAAGCUAUUUUGUUUUGUGUCAAACUUGUUUAUUUUAUAUUUUGUUUGUUAUGUGAUUUUACAAAUUGGUUUCAAAGUUUUAAUGUCAUUGGAACACAAUGUCAUGAAUUGUUGGAACUGUUCAGAUUAUUCAGUAAAUUCUUUGUUUAUUUUUACAAUGAUUAUGUCUCCUGACUUCUGCUAUAGGCCUAUUCUCUGGACUGAUAUUAAAGUUUACAUAAUUAUUUAGCAUUUUGUCAGUCGUCUUAUUCUUUCUAGGAAAGUUAAAGGACCUGUUAUUGCAUUGAGAGCAUCUUGUCCAGAUGCACAGUGUGAUAUGUUAGCACAAUAGAAAUGAACUGCAAGAGCUU